UUUUGGCGGGCUUUUUUUUCCACGUGCCGGCAAACUAGUAGCGCCACGCCGCGGAGAAACGUCAAAUCGCACGUAAUUUGGUUCUCGCGGAUUUCACGGCUUCUUCCCGUGAUCCUCUACAUCCGGGAAUAUGUUUAAGAUCCUGCGUAGGUGCAUUGGGAUCCAUGCAAGGAAAAUCCCACGAAUAGUCGUGAAUUCUAGUCGUUUUGCAUGUGUAAUCUGUCCUAAACAUGACAUCCGGGCAUUCCCAAGUUCUGCUGCAGUACCUAUCAGGUGUUUUUCAUCGGAGUUCUCGGAUGAGGAAGGAAGUGAGGAGGAUGGGGAGUCAGGGUUGAAUACCAGUGAUCAGGAAAUUAGGACAAGAGAUCUUCUGUAUGUGGACACUGCACAGUGGGAUGAGACAAUGAGGAAGCUGAAGGAAUGCUCCUCGCUUCCUCAAGUUUAUGCUGAACUGGAGAUUUUGAGACGAAAUCCGGAAGCAACAAAAUUGGAAUAUUUUGUUCAGAGUCUCCUGACCCUGUGGGAUAUCCACAAGGAUCUCAUCCUGAAUAACAUUCACAGCAAUUACCCACAUCUUCUGGAAUACCCCCUGAGGCCAGAACUGGAAUUCCUGGUGGGGAAGCUGAAUGAGAGUGCGGAGAAGUUCUCAAGUGAGGAACUUUCCUGUUGCCUCCUGUACUUGACAAAGCUGGGAUUUGAUGGUCCUCCGGAGAUUACUGAAAAGCUCCAUGAUCACUUUCUCAAUCUCGUGGCCACAGAUUCCACGGGAAUUUCCUUGGCAUCCCUCUCGAGGUUCGCUGUGUACGUCAAUGCCCGGAGAAAUCUUAGUAUUUUCUCCAUUUACACCAUCCUCAUCCCAAAGCUAGUCUAUCUCCUCAAAAGCUGCUCCACAAGUGAGGAGAUCCGCCUUCUGACCAUCUGCCUGGGAAAUCUCUUCCACAUCAUCACACCUCAUCAAUUGGAUCUCUACAGGAAGAAGGUCAAUGAACUCUACCAGCAGGGCGCCUUCAGCAACUCCCCCAGGAGCAUCCUCCGCGUUGUGAACUUCCUGAAUUUCAUCCACUGGUGCCACGACAAUACGCUCCUCAUCCGGAAACUCAUGCUCCUCCUGCAAAAUAGUAUUCCGGAAAUGGAGACACGUGACCUGGUGAGCCUCUGUCGCGUCUUCCACAGUCAACUGGAACCUGCACAAUUCCUCCCGGGGAUUGUGGCUCAAACACGCCGCUUAAUGGAGAAGAAUCCCACCGUGGAUCUCUUGGAGUGCUUCGUACUGGAUGCUGUGCCCGAAACACGGAAUCGCGUCACGCAGGAAGCAGAGAAGAUCAUCAAACGCGAUGAAAAUCUCACCCCAAACACAGUUUCGGGCUUCUUCAAGGUCCUCCGUUUCCUCAAGACGUCCAAUAUGCGCCUCUUCAACGCCUACUGGGCCCACGUACUCCGGAAAGUCUCCACAGAUGAGGCAGAGCGAGAGAACUAUCGCCUGGCCAGGCAUUGCCACCGGUACAUGCACUUCAACAACAACCUCGGCGGCACGUACAGAUACAUCAACCUCGAACGAUACCUCGUCCAGCUGAUUCUUGGGGAACUGGAGACGGGUGUGAGUCGCUUCAUUCCCUCCAAAUUCGCCAAAAUUGCUCCCUUUGUCAUUGCCUACGGGCACACGGAGAAAUCCCGCGAGAAGCUUCCGGAUUUCCUUGUGGAGCGCAUUGAAACAAUGCGAGAUCAAUUCUCCGCCACGGAUUGCCUCAAUCUCAGCCGGGGCAUCCAGAUAGCCCUGGAAUUGCGAUUCCGGAAUAAAAUUUCCGACGAAUUGGGCAGUCAGUUGGCACGCAUUGAGAAUGUCUUUCAUGCCACAGCUGAGAAGAUUCUUGCCCAGAAAUAUGUUUCACUGUCGGAAGUUAAUUGCCUAAUCCGCAGCUUUAAUGCCCGGAAAGCUUCUCGGACAACUGAUCUCUUCGAAAGGUUAAUCCGGAAGUAUGAGGAGAGUGAAUCAGAUCUCAAUUCGAGACUUAUAAGAGAGAUUACUUUCAAUCUCAAUGCUUCAGUGUUCCACCUGCCCAAUAUUUGUGCCAAAAUGGUGGAUUAUCUGAUGCAAAAUCACGAAUUUAUAAUGGGAGACACGACUGAGAAGAUCCUGUACUGUUGCUACAACAUUGGCUAUCCAAUUGAAGAGGAAGAGAUGCUAAAGAAGGCUGCGGACGUUAUACAAAGAGACUUUAACUUCAUGACAGGCCUCUCAAUUGUCCAAGCCUGCCUGGCGCUGGCCUACUACAGAGCCCUGCCACAGGAUCUCGUAGAUCGCGUCUUCUGCACAGACUUUAUUCAGCGACUAGAGCACGAGAUUACUCUAUGCUACAGCAAAGCAACGUACCCUACAAGAGUCCUGCAUCAGGUGAUGCAACUAAACAGGGCUGUCUGUCUGGACUACCCGGAACGGAAUGUUCCGUGGUUCCAGCAAAACUUCCUCGAAUCCCGCGUGACAGCCUUCAAUACGCCCCACAGUAGGUUUCACGAAGACGUCAAUGAGAUCCUUCAUUCCCUCACAACAACCCGGGAAGCCGUUAGAACGAAUCAUGUCACCCCCUAUGGGUACCGCGUGGACUUUGUCCUGCACUUUGAUCACCUCCAGCGUCUCAUCCCGCCCCCAAGGGCAGAUGAUCCGGUGAAGAAUGUCUCAAAGAUUGCCCUUCUGCUGCACUCAAAUGAAGCUUUCUGUGAAAAUUCCACCAUUUUGCGCGGAAAUGAGCAGCUAAAGCAGCGACAUCUGGAAAUUCUAGGCUAUCGCGUCCUGCAUCUGGCACAGAGUGAUUGGAAUUCAAUGUACCUCAGUGUUCCGGGGGCGAAGAGUCGCUUCCUCCGGAAUUUGCUCAGUAUUACCUGAGCAGAAGCAAUAAAGUGAUUGAAAAGUU